GCUCUGGAAAGAUGGCUGCUCCUCUGGUGCUGGUUGUGUUGGUAGCAGUAACACUCAGGGCGAUUUUAUUCCGCUCAAGCAUAGCUGAAUUUAUUUCGGAGCGGGUAGAAGUGGUGUCGCCUCUGAGCUCAUGGAAAAGAGUGGUGGAAGGAAUGUCCCUUUUGGACCUUGGAGUAUCGCCUUACUCAGGGGAUGUGUUUCACGAAACUCCACUUACUGUCUACUUAUUCCAUUUUCUAGUAGACUAUGUUGAGUUUGUGUUCAUGAUAACCGAUGCACUCACAGCAGUUGCACUUUAUCUAGCAGUUCAGGAGUAUAACAAGGGGAUGUUCAAGAAGCAGAAGCUGUAUCUGGAGCUGAAGAAGUAUGUGCCAGAGAGCCUCGAACUACUAAGAGUUCCCACUGAAAUGUAUUAUGUCCCUCUGAAGGUGGCUAUAUUCUACCUGUUAAAUCCUUAUACAGUUCUGUCCUGCAUAGCCAAGUCCACGUGUGCCAUCAAUAACACAAUCAUUGCUUUUUUCAUUUUGGCUACUGUCAAAGGUAGCCCGCUGCUGAGUGCUGUGUUCCUGGCUUUAGCCACUUACCAGUCACUUUAUCCACUCACCUUGUUCUUUCCAGCUCUCCUUUAUUUGCUGCAGAGGGAGUUUAUCCCAGUGAAACUGCAGAGUUCUGGAUUCUGGCUGUUCUCUUGUCAAUAUGCCUUUAUGUACCUGGGCUGUCUGGGUGUUCUCAUAUGUCACUCCUUUUUCCUGCUGAACUCUUGGGACUUCAUCCACUCAAUAUAUGGCUUUAUACUCUCUGUUCCGGACCUGACACCAAAUAUUGGUCUGUUCUGGUAUUUCUUUGCUGAGAUGUUUGAACACUUUAGCUUGUUCUUUGUCUGCGUGUUCCAGAUCAAUGCGUUCUUCUACACGGUGCCAUUGACAAUCAAACUAAAGGAACAUCCUAUGUUUCUGAUUUUCAUACAGCUCGCUCUCAUCUCCAUCUUUAAAUCUUACCCGACUGUGGGAGAUGUGGCUCUCUAUAUGGCCCUGCUGCCCAUGUGGGCUCACUUGUCUAGAUUUCUGCGUAACAUCUUCAUCGUGUCUUGUAUGCUGAUCGUGUGCUCCCUGCUCUUCCCAGUUCUCUGGCAUUUGUGGAUUUAUGCAGGAAGUGCCAACUCCAAUUUCUAUUAUGCCAUUACACUCUCUUUUAACGUAGGACAGAUUCUACUAGUAUCAGAUUAUUUCUAUGCCUUUCUUCGGAGAGAGUACCACUUACAUCAUGGUCUAUACCUUACCAAGAAAGAUGGAACAGAAGCAACCCUCAUUUUAAAAUAAUACUGUGAUGGUUACCAAAAUGUGAGUGAAAGUUAAGGGAUUUGGUAUAUUGAGGGAGAAGAGAGAAAUGAUUCCACCUCCAGCCAGUCCCUCUAAGGACUCUCUAUAGUGAUGCAACUGAACUAUGUAAUACCACUUGGUAUGGGAGAUUUGGGGACUCAUUACAAGAGCACGAAGCAACGUGACAGAUGUUCACUUUUUCCCUAAGUGAACUUGCUGCAAUAUUAUCCUCCUCUGAGAGUGAGGUGUCAAUUAGAUUUCAUAAUCUCGGAAGGACAAAAGAUGAGCCUUGAUGGCUUUUCUAGUUCUGUUUUCUCAGGCAGUUGGAAGUCGUAUUGCGGAGAAUACCUCUAGAGGCACAGUGUCCCUACAAUGACGCAUGUUGAAGGGAGGGGGGUAAAAGAAUCCAGUGUUCAAGCAUAUAAAAACUUUCUUGUCCCUAUCAUACGUAUUGUACUAAAGAAGCAGCUUAUCAAAAUUUGACCUUUUCCAACUCCACAGAACUUUAAGUUCUUCCAUAAAUCAGUAGUGGUGUGUUGUCCAUAAGAUCAACUCCUAAAAUGAGAUUUUUUUUUUUUUAUUUUUUUUUUGCAGGGGAGGGUUUGUUUACUUUUAUAGCCAAGUCAUUUUGAAAUGCGUCAGUUUUAUUUUGCUUUCAUGGGGAAAGCAAAAAACUAACAAAACCAAAACAGUGUCCUGUCUUGAAUAAAACAACUUUUUUUUUUUUUCUUCUCUCCCUAGCGGAGGCAUGUCUCUCUUCACCAAUAUAGUUGUGGGAGUUGUUUUAUCAUCCAAUUAACAAUUCAUCUCUAGGCUCGUACACACACAUGCCGUACACUCAAUGUCAACUUUACAUUUUCAUGGAAAAAAUAAACCAUUUUAUGCAUGAAAACAAAUAUUUUAAUGGCCCUUUAAAAUGACUAAUUUAUACACUGUAAUUAACCUGCUACUGCACAGAUCCCUGUCACAAUACACUACAUGCACAUGUGGUUUCUUCAUAGUGUUAUUACACUGCUGAGAUACAAAAGACGGAUGAAUACGUAUGGAAAGUCUAGGAAUGUUUGUUGGAUAGAAUGUGUGUGUGUGUGUGUGUGUGUGUAUAUAUAUAUAUAUAUAUAUAUAUAUAUAUAUAUAUAUAUAUAUAUAUAUAUAAUCAUUGUUGGUGUAUGGAAGGCUCAGUGUUUUGAGUUUUAAAGCAUGUCUCCAUUUAUAGCUGCAAAUGAAUAUAUAUCAUGUAACAGGGAUCGGGUGCAGAAUCUGAAACGCACUCCAUUUAUAAAUGAAAAUGUGAUCUAUAAAAUACUGUGCAAACUACCCAUAAUGCACCAUAGGCUGUAGUUGGGUAUUAAGUGCUACUCCAUAGGUUCACAACUCAUGGCUGAUAACUUGAAGGAUGUGCUGUGUAGCUUAAAGGGACACUGAACCCAAAUUAUUUAUUUUGUGAUUCAGAUAGAGCAUGACAUUUUAUGCAACUUUCUAAUUUACUCCUAUUAUCAAAUUUUCUUCAUUCUCUUGGUAUCUUUAUUUGAAAUGUAAGUUUAGAUGCCGGCCCAUUUUUGGUAAACAACUUGGGUUCUUGCUGAUUGGUGGAUAAAUUCAUCCACCAAUAAAAAAGUGCUGCCCAGAGUUCUGAAACGAAAAAAAAGCUUAGAUGCAUUAUUUUUCAAAUAAAGAUAGCAAGAGAAUGAAGAAAAAUUGAUAAUAGGAGUAAAUUAGAAAGUUGCUUAAAAUUGCAUGCUCUAUCUGAAUCACAAAAGACAAAAUUUGGGUUCAGUUUUCCUUUGACUGAUUAAAGAUAAAUUGGCACCAGCACUGGAAGAAAAUACCUGCAAUUAAAUACAUAAAAUGUAUAUAUUAUAUAUGGAGCUUACCCAAUCUCUUUAUUUGUACUUAAAAUAUUUAUUUGUGGGGAAUGGGUUCUAAAUAAAUUUGUUCUGAAAAUAAA